UCGAGCGAGGACUUGAGCUUAAAAAAGCGAACUCAACAACGUACUGUCGAGCUUCAGUUUGGUUUAAGUUAUCUUUAGCCAAGAGACCACUACAAAGGAUCACAGUCAUCAUCUGGUCAUCACAUAAAGCUCACCAUGGCAAUACCAGACAGUACUCUUGGUGGUAAUGGAUUCCAAUUUGCCAUAGACAGGGGCGGCACCUUCACAGACAUCUACUGCAAGUGCCCCACUGGCAAGGAGAUUGUAAUGAAGCUUCUGUCUGUGGAUCCCGCCAACUACUCUGAUGCUCCCAUGGAGGGUAUACGUAGGAUUCUUGAACAGGAAACUGGAAUCUCCAUGCCUCAAGGUCAGCCCUUGGACACAUCCAUCAUCAGUUGGAUCAGGAUGGGAACCACAGUGGCUACCAAUGCCCUCUUGGAGCGCAAGGGGGAGAGAAUGGCACUGGUCAUCACCAAAGGCUUCCGAGACCUGCUUCACAUAGGCAACCAAGCUCGCCCCAAGAUAUUUGAUCUGGAGAUUGUUUUCCCAGAGGUACUGUAUGAGGAGGUGAUUGAGGUGAAGGAGAGAAUGAUUCUCCAACAAGACAAAUGUGGUCUACCCGUCCAAGACAGUGCACACACCUUCACAAGUAGCACCUCAGAAAAGUUGAUAGAGUGGGAUCCUGUGGACAAAGUAUCACUCAGGGCAGACUUGCAGAAACUACUGGAUAAGGGUAUCAGAAGCCUGGCUGUGGUUCUCAUGCACUCCUACAUGUUUGAAGCUCAUGAGAAGGAGGUUGGAGAGUUAGCCCUGUCAAUGGGUUUUACUCAUGUCUCCCUUUCUGGUUCCAUCAUGCCCAUGGUCCGCAUUGUACCAAGAGGCUUUACAGCCUGUGCGGAUGCCUACCUGACCCCAUGCAUCAAGUCGUACCUGACCAGCUUCUCUGCAGGAUUCAAAGACCACCUCAAAGACACCAAGGUUCUUUUCAUGCAGUCAGAUGGAGGCCUCACACCAAUGGACAAGUUUAAUGGAUCGCGAGCUAUCCUGUCAGGGCCUGCUGGUGGGGUAGUUGGUUAUGCUCUCACCACGUACAAUAGAUUCUCCAAUCUACCCGUCAUUGGGUUUGACAUGGGAGGUACAUCAACCGAUGUGAGCCGGUAUGCUGGGGAGUAUGAACAUGUGUUUGAGACUACAACAGCUGGUGUGACUAUACAAGCACCCCAGCUUGAUAUCAACACAGUAGCUGCGGGAGGAGGCUCAAGGCUGUUCUUCCGCUCUGGGAUGUUUGUUGUUGGACCGGAGUCAGCUGGUGCCCACCCUGGUCCAACAUGCUACAGAAAAGGUGGACCUUUGAGUGUGACGGAUGCCAACUUGUUCCUAGGACGUCUUCUACCAGAAUACUUUCCAAAGAUCUUUGGUAAAGAGGAGAAUCAACCUCUUGAUAAGGAUGCGUCUAUGCAAGCCUUUAUGGAACUAACAGCUCAGGUGAAUGAGUUUUUAGCGGGUCAAGAGGGAAACAGCAGAACUGACCCUAUGACCUCAGAUGAAGUUGCUAUGGGGUUCAUUCGUGUUGCUAACGAAGCUAUGUGCCGUCCAAUCAGAGCCCUUACACAGGCCAAAGGUCAUGACACAUCCCAUCAUGUGCUAGCCUGUUUUGGGGGCGCUGGAGGUCAGCACGCUUGUGCAAUAGCCCGAUCUCUGGGUAUGUCAACGGUCUUUAUACACAGGUACUCAGGUAUCCUCUCUGCCUAUGGUAUGGCCCUGGCCGAUGUCGUCUAUGACACACAGGAGCCCUGUGCAGAUUCUUAUGAGCAGGCAGCAUUCAAGCAUAUUGAUGAGAGAAUAGAGGUGCUGACACAGCGCUGCAUUGAGGAGCUUACCAAAGAGGGCUUUUCAAGAGACCACAUAGAGACUGAACCAUUCCUGCACAUGCGCUAUGACAGAACAGACUGUGCUCUCAUGUGUUCUGCUGCCUCCUUCCCUGUGACAGGCUCUACGAGUUGUCAUGGCGAUUUCCUAGCAUCCUUCAUGGCAAGGUACAACAGGGAGUUUGGCUUUGUCAUCCCGGAGAGGAGGAUCUGUGUGGAUGAUAUCCGCGUCCGAGGAGUGGGCAAGACGUUCAUCCCUCUAGACGCUAAGAAGAAGUCCUCCGGAGCUCCGCCAAGGGUAGAAAAGAUGACCAAAUGUUACUUUGAAGAGGGAUUGCUGGACACGGCUAUCUAUCUUCUCGACGACCUGUCAAGUGAUAACACCAUCAAGGGGCCCGCUAUCUUGAUUGAGAAGAACAGUACGAUCCUGGUAGAAAACAAUUGUGUUGCCACCAUCACAGAGAAUGGGGAUGUUAAGAUACAGGUUGACAGUGGUAAUAUCAAGGUGAUUGGUACAGACCUUGAUGCCAUCCAGCUCUCCAUCUUCUCUCACCGGUUCAUGAGUACUGCAGAACAGAUGGGUAGGGUACUCCAGAGAACAUCCAUCUCAACCAACAUCAAGGAGCGGCUUGAUUUCUCCUGCGCCAUGUUUGGUGAUGACGGAGGUCUGGUUGCCAAUGCACCCCACAUUCCAGUUCAUCUUGGUGCUAUGCAGAAGACUGUACAAUACCAGAUGGAAGCAUUGGGAGAUGAUCUGAAGGAAGGAGAUGUGAUCCUGUCCAAUCACCCUGCAGCAGGUGGCAGCCAUCUUCCUGAUCUCACUGUCAUCACUCCGGUAUUUUACCCUGGCCAGCCAAGACCUGUGUUCUAUGUGGCCAGCAGAGGGCAUCAUGCUGAUAUAGGGGGUGCCUCUCCAGGCUCUAUGCCUCCAUUCUCCAAGACAAUCUUUGAAGAAGGAGCCGUCUUUUUCUCCUUCAAACUCGUCAAAGAAAAUGUCUUCCAAGAAGAAGCCGUCACCGCAGAGUUGAUGAAGCCUGCUCAAUACCCAGGAUGCACUGGAACAAGGAAUCUCCAUGACAACCUAAGUGACCUUCGAGCACAGGUGGCAGCCAACCACAAGGGUAUCGUCUUGAUCAAACAACUCAUAGACUACUACACCUUACCUGUGGUCCAAGCUUACAUGAGGCACAUCCAGAAUAACGCUGAGAUAGCAGUCAGAGACAUGCUGAAGGAGAUUGGUCAGAAGGCACUCAGAGAGACCGGUCAGACCCGUCUCGCUGCCUUGGACCAUCUGGAUGAUGGCACAGAGAUUGCUCUCAAGGUGGACAUCGAUGUUGAAAAGGGCACUGCAACAUUUGACUUCAGUGGUUCAGGGCCUGAGGUGUAUGGAAACCUGAAUGCGCCCUCUGCUGUUUGUCUGUCUGCAGUCAUCUACUGUCUACGAUGCAUGGUGGGACAUGAUAUACCACUCAAUCAGGGUUGCCUGAAGCCUAUCAAGAUCAUCAUUCCAGAGGGCUGCAUUCUCAAUCCUACCCACAAUGCCGCAGUCAUCGGUGGUAAUGUAGAAACAUCGCAGAGGAUGGUAGAUGUCAUACUCAAAGCCUUCCAAGUCUGUGCUGCUUCACAGGGAACCAUGAACAACUUCACAUUGGGCGACGAAGAUGUAGGAUACUAUGAGACAAUAGCAGGAGGUGCUGGUGCCGGUCCCACAUGGGAAGGCAGGAGUGGUGUACACGUUCAUAUGACCAAUACUCGCAUCACUGAUCCAGAGAUCUUUGAAAGAAGAUAUCCUGUUGUAUUGAAGCAGUUCCAGCUCAACCCAAACACAGGAGGAGCCGGUCGAUUCCGAGGAGGUGACGGGGUCAUUCGUGAGGUCCUUUUUAGACGACCUUUGACCAUCUCACUCUUGAGUGAGCGUAGGUCGUUCAGACCGUAUGGAAUGAAAGGUGGGUGUGAAGGAAGACGAGGCAGGAAUCACUACAUCUUUGCCAAUGGUCAUACCAUCAACCUUGGAGGCAAGAAUACCAUUAAGACCAAUCCUGGGGAUGUUCUGAAGAUCUGUACUCCUGGUGGAGGUGGCUAUGGAUCCCCCGAGGAGUAUGAAGAUGAUGAGGGCAGCGAGAGACCUCGGAAGCGAUCUCGCAAGGAUGACGAUCCCAAUAGUCACUUCCUAGAGCGUGGAAGCGUCUAUGCCUACAGACUUGCCCAAGAACAAGUCUAAUUAAUACCAACAUGUGUUAAUUACUUUGCUUGUUGUUUAUCAGUUGUGUGUUUUGUGGACAGAGCACACAGAAGUGCUGAUACUAUUAAACUAGCAUUUAUGGUGUGGGGGGAAAAAUGUAACCUGUUCAAUACCCCAAGAAUUUAUAAGAACCAAGACUAGCGGCUUUGGGUAACAAUUAUAUAUUUUUCAUUCUUUUAAGUAUCAUGGAUAAUGAUAUUGUCAAGAUUCAAGAUUAAAAUUGUAUUGUCCAUUCAUAAUUAUACAGAAAUUUGCUUUCCAUUGGUGUUAUAUACAAUGUAAACAUAUCAGGGAUAAACAUGAUAUUGUAUGCCGAGAGCCUGAAGGGUCUUAAGUUGGAGGGAAAUCCAACCCAAAUAGACAACUACUCUAUUAAAAGGAAGCGGAAAAAUCAGAGAAGCAAACUGAUGAAAGUUUCAAUUCAAUCUGACUAAAUAUAAGAAAGUUACGAAUCAUAUGUGUAAUCACUAUAGGUAUGGGCACUUCAAAUUGGCUGAAGCGGUAAUGUCAAUGUGAUGUAGUGCCGGACUAUUUUCCCAUAUGUUCUAACAUAUAAAAUGACUAAAAUUUAAAUUUGACUAAAAUUCAUUACUUAGGAGGGUCUAUUCUUUUUAGAGGAUAAUAAUAUGCUAUCUAUAAUUUAUUUUGAGAAGUGCCCCAAGAGAAAAGGAACUUAUGAACAAAACAGAAAUUAAUGAUAUUUUUGUACACAGCGUAUGGGAGAGUUAUCCAGUUCCUACGUCACAACCCACUGACCGAGCUACCAAUUUGAGAUUCACAUAGACUUAGUGAUCUCAUAUUUCAAACAUUCAUAACUUGCUUUCUAUUGGUCCGAUUCAUUUCAAACUUUUGCCAUUCUGUUUCGGUUAUAUACCUGCUUUCAAACAAAUCAACUUAUUACAAGGGUUAAAUUGCUCUUUAAUCCUGAACUAGAAUGAGUCGUAGGCUACCCUUCCAGCUCCCAGCAGACGGUACCUGACUAGAACAGUAUUCUGAGUCUUUUAUGAAUGUAUUCAUACAUAAAUAGCAAAGUGAUAAUACCGCAACUUCCCCUGAUCAAAAAGAAGAAGAGAGAGACAGAUAGAGAGUAAGAAAGAGAAAGAGAGAGAGAAAAGGCAGAAAGAGAGAGAGAGGGUAGAAAUGGAUCGGGAGCUGCAAAGACAUGUACAUAUAUUCUACUCAAAAGUCAGUGCAAUCAUUUCAGAUCAGAGAGACUAUUUUUUUAGCAAAUUUUUUGUGCAAAUGCAAUAUACCAUAGUCAUAACGAAUAUGAUUGUUAGCAGUGGAGCAUAUACCAGCAUACUAUUGUUCUUUUAUCAAUUAUUUCUUCAGAUUAUCGUUUACAUGUGCAAUAACAUGCAUGUAUUUGGGUUAAAAUUAUAACGUUAUGAGGUAGACAUGAUGGAAAAUAGCAAUGUAUGUGAAUUUAAUGUUAUUGAUUUUUCAUCAUUGUAAGUAUUAAGAUGGCCUAGAAAUUUUAAUGUUUAUCACGGCAAGCACUCUUUUCCACUGUGCACUGCCUUAUUUGAAUAUUAACAUGCAAAAUUAGUUUGCAACUUUUAUUUCUUGAAUUUUAGUGGUUAAAUCAUACCUGGACUAGAUGUCGCCUAUUAAUCCUUUCUGUUUUCUAAUAAACUUGAGGUUGAGGGAACUUUUUAUUGUCAAUUGAUGAAGAAAGGUGGUUUGACAGUUAUGGAUGUCAUGUAUUCAAAUAUCAAUGGUCACACGGCAAUUUACUCACAAGUGUUAUAUUAUGUUGAUUAAUGCAGAUAAUAAUAAUUUUUACAUUCCUGUUCAGAUCUGCCUCUUUCAAUGACAACAACAGCCAGAGAAAAUAUGUAUUUUCUAAAGUUUGAUCAGAAAGUAUUAUAAAUGGGUUACAUUAACUAUUGUAUGUAUACUCGAAAGUGUGGCAUUUGACAACUCAAUCCUUUUAUGGAUUCACUAUGUAAUAGGAUGCGUUGUUUUUCUCUCAUUUAUCUUGCAUAAUUAAUGUAUUUUUAUAUGGGCUUCUGGAUGUUUCUUUCUUGAUUAUAGUUAUAAUUAAAUAAUACACUAAAUUGAUCUCAUAAUAAA